CCUGCUCUGUCCCCAAAACGCAGGCUGAAGUCCACGCCCCGCCCCAAGUUCUCCGUGUGCGUGCUGGGGGACCAGCAGCACUGCGACGAGGCCAAGGCCGUGGACAUCCCGCACAUGGACAUCGAGGCGCUGAAGAAGCUCAACAAGAACAAGAAGCUGGUCAAGAAGCUGGCCAAGAAGUACGAUGCCUUUCUGGCUUCAGAGUCUCUGAUCAAGCAGAUCCCACGAAUCCUGGGCCCCGGCCUGAAUAAGGCCGGCAAGUUCCCUUCCUUGUUGACCCACAAUGAGAACAUGGUGGCCAAAGUGGAUGAGGUGAAGUCCACCAUCAAGUUCCAGAUGAAGAAGGUGCUGUGUCUGGCGGUGGCUGUGGGCCACGUGAAGAUGUCAGAUGAUGAGCUUGUGUACAACAUCCACUUAGCUGUCAAUUUCCUGGUGCCAUUGCUCAAAAAGAACUGGCAGAACGUUCGGGCCUUGUACAUCAAGAGCACCAUGGGCAAGCCCCAGCGCCUGUACUGAGGCCCCACUAAUAAACCAUACUGCCCUGCGA